AGGGUUAGUUGUCUUCCUGUUUCUACCCAGGUUAGGAUUAGAUGUCUUCCUGUUUCUAUACAGGUUAGGGUUAGAUGUCCUCCUGUUUCUAUCCAGGUUAGGGUUAGAUGUCUUCCUGUGACCUCUCACGGGUUAGGGUUAGAUGUCUUCCUGUGUCCUCUCCCAGGUUAGGGUUAGAUGUCUUCCUGUGACCUCUCACGGGUUAGGGUUAGAUGUCUUCCUGUGUCCUCUCACAGGUUAGGGUUAGAUGUCUUCCUGUUUCUACCCGGGUUAGGGUUAGAUGUCUUCCUGUGUCCUCCCUCGUCUCCCUGGUUGUUUGAACGCAGCUGACAGCCCUCGUCCAAUGAUAUGAGUCCACAUGCAGCGCAGGGAAGAGGGGCAGCAGUGAGGCACUUUGAUAAAGCAGACUGUCAGCACCGUGUGGAGCCACAGAGAGCUGCGCAACGGUGAGGCACGGCACGGCACGGCACGGCACGGCAGCACAGAGGACUGGACCGGGUGAAUGCAGUCCUUAACACAACACACUGCUGCAGAUACUCUCCCACCAUUUCCGGAGAUAAGAGGACGCUCAGAGUAACCUUCACCCAAACAGGAAAGAGGAGAUUUGGCUCAGCAGAACAUUUCUUUGGUAAUUGUCGUGGAGAGAAUCUGAACCGGGUCCCGGUUGUCCCCCUACACGCCAGACCGCGUGUUGUCAGUGUUAAAGAGCCAGAAGACACCGAGUCCAGCUGUGAGGGAAGCAGCCGUCUGUCCGCCAUGGAGAACUCUCACACGAAGAGUGUGGAAGAAGUUUACACUUAUUUCUGCGUCAAUGAAAGCACAGGACUUUCCCUGGACGAGGUGAAACGGCAGAAGGAGAAAUGGGGCCCAAACGAGUUACCAGCAGAGGAAGGGAAAUCUUUGUGGGAGCUUGUCCUUGAACAAUUUGAAGAUUUACUUGUUCGAAUUCUUCUGUUGGCUGCAUGUAUAUCUUUUGUGCUGGCCUGGUUUGAGGAGGGAGAGGAGACUAUCACUGCCUUUGUGGAGCCUUUUGUCAUUUUACUCAUUCUUAUAGCCAAUGCCAUCGUCGGUGUGUGGCAGGAACGCAAUGCUGAGGAUGCCAUAGAGGCACUGAAGGAGUACGAGCCUGAGAUGGGGAAGGUGUACCGGCAGGACAGGAAAACUGUGCAGAGGAUCAAGGCCAGGGACAUCGUGCCUGGUGACAUCGUGGAGGUGGCUGUUGGAGACAAGGUGCCUGCUGACAUCCGUAUCUGUUCAAUCAAAUCAACAACUCUAAGGGUGGACCAGUCCAUUCUGACCGGUGAAUCUGUGUCUGUCAUCAAACACACCGACCCUGUGCCCGACCCUCGUGCUGUCAACCAGGACAAGAAGAACAUGCUCUUCUCUGGUACUAACAUUGCAGCUGGGAAGGCCGUGGGCGUGGUCGUGGCCUCUGGCGUUAACACAGAGAUCGGUAAGAUCCGUGACGAGAUGGUGGCCACCGAGCAGGAGAAGACGCCCCUGCAGCAGAAGCUGGAUGAGUUUGGCGAGCAGCUGUCCAAGGUCAUCUCCCUCAUCUGCAUCGCCGUGUGGAUCAUCAACAUCGGCCACUUUAACGACCCCGUCCACGGAGGCUCCUGGAUCCGCGGGGCGGUCUACUACUUCAAGAUCGCCGUGGCGCUGGCCGUGGCCGCCAUCCCUGAGGGUCUUCCUGCCGUCAUCACCACCUGCCUGGCCCUGGGCACCCGCCGCAUGGCCAAGAAGAACGCCAUCGUUCGCAGCCUGCCCUCCGUGGAGACCCUGGGCUGCACCUCUGUCAUCUGCUCUGACAAGACGGGAACCCUGACCACCAACCAGAUGUCUGUCUGCAGAAUGUUCACUAUCAACAAAGCUGACGGAGACAGCUGUGCUCUGUCAGAGUUCACCAUCACCGGUUCUACCUACGCACCUGAGGGAGAAGUGUACCAGGAUGGUAAACCAGUGAAAUCCUCCCAGUAUGAUGCCCUGGUUGAACUGGCUACCAUCUGUGCCCUGUGUAAUGACUCCUCCCUGGACUUCAACGAGGUGAAGGGUGUGUACGAGAAGGUCGGCGAGGCCACAGAGACGGCGCUGACCUGUCUGGUGGAGAAGAUGAACGUGUUCGACACUGAAGUCCACAACCUGUCCAAGAUUGACAGAGCUAACGCCUGCAACUCAGUGAUCAAGCAGCUGAUGAGGAAGGAGUUCACCCUGGAGUUCUCCAGAGACAGGAAGUCUAUGUCUGUCUACUGCACCCCCAACAAGUCUCGUUCUUCUAUGGGCAAGAUGUUUGUCAAGGGGGCCCCGGAGGGAGUUAUUGACAGGUGCACUCACGUCAGAGUUGGCAACAGCAAAGUUCCCCUCAGCAAAGGUAUCAAGGAAAAGAUCAUGUCUGUGAUCCGGGAGUAUGGGACAGGUCGUGAUACCCUUAGGUGUCUGGCUCUGGCCACACGAGACAGCCCACCCAAAAUGGAGAACAUGAUACUGUCCGACACUGCCAAAUUCUCAGAGUACGAGUCCGACCUGACCUUUGUCGGCUGUGUCGGCAUGCUGGACCCUCCCAGACAGGAAGUGGCUGCCUCCAUCAAGCUGUGCCGCCAGGCCGGCAUCCGUGUCAUCAUGAUCACCGGAGACAACAAGGGCACAGCUGUGGCUAUAUGCCGCCGCAUUGGCAUCCUGAGCGAGGAGGAUGAUGUCGAGCGCAUGGCCUUCACUGGACGAGAGUUUGAUGAACUUUCGCCCUAUGAUCAGGGAGAGGCUGUGACUCACGGUCGCUGUUUCGCCCGCGUCGAGCCUUCUCACAAGUCCAAGAUUGUUGAGUUCCUGCAAGGAUUUGACGAGAUCACUGCUAUGACCGGUGAUGGUGUGAAUGGCCCUGCCUUGAAGAAGGCAGAGAUUGGUAUCGCCAUGGGCUCUGGCACUGCCGUGGCCAAGUCAGCCUCUGAGAUGGUCCUCGCCGAUGACAACUUUUCUUCCAUCGUGGCUGCCGUUGAAGAAGGCAGAGCUAUUUACAAUAACAUGAAGCAGUUCAUCAGAUACCUUAUCUCCUCCAACGUGGGGGAGGUGGUCUGCAUCUUCCUCACUGCGGCGCUGGGCUUCCCUGAGGCUCUAAUCCCAGUCCAGCUGCUCUGGGUCAACCUGGUGACUGAUGGCCUCCCUGCCACUGCCCUGGGCUUCAACCCCCCCGACCUGGACAUCAUGGAGAAGCCUCCUCGUAAUGCUAAGGAGCCCCUCAUCUCUGGUUGGCUCUUCUUCAGAUACCUGGCCAUUGGAUGCUACGUGGGUGCAGCCACAGUGGGAGCUGCUGCCUGGUGGUUUACUGUCUCUGAAGAUGGACCUCAGAUCACUCUGUACCAGCUGAGCCACUUCCUCCAGUGCGCCCCAGACAACCCAGAGUUCGACGGCCUGGACUGCCACGUGUUUGAGUCGCCCUACCCGAUGACCAUGGCCCUGUCUGUGCUCGUCACCAUUGAGAUGUGCAAUGCCCUCAACAGUCUAUCGGAGAACCAGUCUCUCCUGCGGAUGCCUCCCUGGGAGAACAUUUGGCUCCUGGGGGCCAUCUGCCUGUCCAUGUCCCUCCACUUCCUCAUCCUCUAUGUGGAGCCUCUGCCUGUCAUCUUCCAGAUCACCCCUCUGGAUACGACCCAGUGGAUGAUGGUGCUGAAGAUCUCGCUGCCCGUCAUCCUGCUGGACGAGCUGCUAAAGUUUCUGGCCAGGAACCACUUGGACUUUGGUAAACAGCUGGAGAAGCCGGCCAGCAGAGGCUGCUCUCUGUCUGCAUGUGCCGAGGGCAUCUCCUGGCCCUUCGUGGCCAUCUCCCUGCCCCUGGUGCUGUGGAUCUACAGCACCGACACUAACGUGUCCGCCAUGUUGUGGCCCUGACUGACUCCAGUACACUACCCUCCCUGUGCACCAGUGUGAAGUGGACAUUAACACACAUCUAACACAGUUACAUUAACCCGGAACAACUUACAGUCAACACUCGUACCUGCUCUGACAGUCUGUCAGCUCUUUUCUAUUUAGGACAUUUUCACCGAUGCAUAUUUUUGGGCGGGUGGGGGGGGCUGUUGUUUAGUCAUAUUUUAAUGACUUUGUGUUUUAUUUUACCAUCACGCUUUUCUCUCUUUUGAUGCCCUGUUUUGAACAGUUAGAGAUGCCCACCGUGUCGGAGAUGUGUGUUGAGCUGUACAGAGAAUUUACACUAUUUUAUGAUAAUUCAUAUUUUGUAAUUUUGGGGAGGGGCUGUGGGGACAAGAAUGCUGGGUGUGAGGAGGAUGUAAUUCGAAGGACCGUAUAGGACAAUACUAAUUUUGGGGCAAAGACUUGAACAUGUUUGCCCUGGCAUGAAUCUCUGCAGUCAUUUUUGAGCUCCAUGCAUCAUGUCAUUCAUUAUUUUCUGCAUUAGGCAGAGCACAGCUACCUCAGUGCUGUUAAUAUGGUCUUUACUACCCAUCUGUCUUAACAAUAAUUUCCUAGAUUAUCAUUUGAAGUGUUGAGGUAAGCACCAAUUUGUUUUGCAGUAGAGACAAAGCCCUCUCACACACACACACACACACACACACACACACACACACACACGUUAAUGUAGCUGUGUGUGUGUGUGUGUGUGUGUGUGUGUAUAUAUAUAUAUAUAUAUUAUUUUUUUCUUUUCUCUGUUAUUGGAGGAAAGCGAGGACACAGAUAUGUUACCAGUUUGAUUCAGAGCAACUUUUGAUAAAGCCUGUUAAAUUUGUUUACUUGAAGGAAA